AUGGCCUCUAUAGCGGCAUCCACCGCCGCCGCGGCGGGUUUGCUCUACUACGCCGACCACCGCAUCGGCGUCAGCAGAGACAUUCGUCAAUACCGCCAGGAACAAUCCUUUGUGAAACGACUGUUCCUAUUCGCCGACAAGCUCGGUGCUCAGUCGCCUCACCUAUAUCGCAUGCUGGAACUCUGCGACCCAAAUGCAGAUGCGUUGUGGUUUGAAGGUCGCUCGUGGAACUUCAGGGCACUUAAGGCCCAGGUGGACGAACUCGCCCUCGGCUUGAGCCAGGGUCUGGGGGUUAAGGAUGGAGACAUCGUUGCCGUCUUCAUGACGAACUCGCCCGAAAUGGUCGCCACCAUCUAUGCUCUGACGAGGCUGGGAGCAGCGCCUGCUCUGAUCAACAGCGCCCUGAGAGACGAUACAUUACUUCAUUGCGUGCGGCUACCAAAUUCACCCCUGAUUCUCAGCACUCCAGAUUUGGCUGGGUACGCAGCGUCCGCUGCACAAUCGAUGGAUGGCGCUCAUGUCAAAACCGUGAGGCUGAACCUGGGCUCUUUUCGACCUACACCACUACCUCGCGACAAUGGGGAUAUAAUGGACUUUCCCUUUCCAGACCCAUCCAUAUCACCAUCCUCAGCCUUGCCACCGACACCACCCAAGGACAUGAGCUCUGUUGCCGCCCUGAUCUACACUUCCGGCACGACGGGCAAGCCCAAGGCAUGCAGCAUCAAAAACAGCCUCAUCUGCGCCGUCGCGUGCACGUCUUCGGCCGACGCCUCCAACCCCAAGAAAUACCUCGAGGGUCUCCGCACGUACUCGUGCAUGCCCCUGUUCCACGGCACCACAUUCUUCACCGGGUUGUGCUACUCGGCGGGGCAGGGCGGCUGUUUCUGCCUCGCGAGAAAGUUCUCGGCCCGCGGGUUCUGGAAGGACGUGCACGAAUCACGCGCCACGAGGGUUCUCUAUGUCGGUGAACUGUGUCGCUUUCUCCUAACUACACCUGCGGGGCCAUACGACAGGAACCACAAUGUCAAGGUCGCCCUGGGUAACGGACUGCAAAAGGACGUCUGGGUGGCCUACCAAGAUCGCUUCAACGUCCGUGAGGUCCGCGAAUUCUACCGCUCCACUGAGGGCCUGGUCAAGUUCGACAACAUCCACCGUGCUGGCCAACCGGGCGCUGGCAAGGUCGGUUAUAUGGGGACGUUGAGGAAGAAGGUUCUGGAGAAGGACCAAUUCAUCGUCCGGUUCGACUACGAUACCGAGUCACCGGUCCGCGACCCCACGACGGGCUUCUGCAUCGUGUGCCCCAAGGGCGAAGCCGGUGAGGCCAUUGCGCGCAUCCACAAUCUCGCGACCUACACAAACUACCACAACAACGAGUCGGCCACGGAGAACAAGAUGCUCCGAGACGUGUUCGAAAAGGGCGACCUGUUCCAGCGCAGUGGGGACCUCCUCGUGCAGGAGAGCGACAACUGGGUGAGAUUCGUCGACCGCAUCGGCGACACGUAUCGGUGGAUGGGCGAGAACGUGUCAGCCGGCGAAGUCAGGGCGUUCAUCUCCGAGUUGCCGUUCGUCAAGGACGCCGUGGUAGUCGGCAAGCGCCUCGCCAAGUACGACGGCCAAGCGGGCACGGCGCUGAUUGUGCUCGACCCGGCCAUCAACAAUAACGAAAAACAGACCUCGACCUCGUCCCGACGCGGCGAGCAAGCCUUCAUGGACAACCUCUUCAAGGCCCUCCGGAGCAAAGGCGUGCCGCGCUACGCCGUGCCCCGCCUCGUCAUGGUGCGCGACCAGCUCGUCGACGUCGGCGACACCUUCAAGCACGCCAAGAUGGUGGUCAAGAACAUCGACUGGGGUGCUCCUACGGUCACUAGCACCAGCGGACAGGCCGAUGCGAGGAAGUAUUAUCUCGACCUCGAGGCGGAGCGGUUUCGUGAGCUGGACGCCGAGAGUUGGCGGCGCAUCGACCAGGGACGGGCCAAGUUGUAG